CAGUUAAAGCAUUAUGGACCACAUCGGUGUUUGGGUUUUGGUCUUUCUCAGAUUUUGCGCUGCGCAGUACAACAUAUGUCCCAGUGGAUCGGCAAGGAGAGUCCAGAACGUGUUCGGUCGGUCAAGGAACGUGCAACGUGGAGUCUGGCACCUUCUGCCAUGCCCAGAACUCCGUCGCAAUGAAGAACUUGAUGGGGUGAUUUGGUACAAAGGGGAGAACAUGGAGGAUCCAUCCACAAUACGUCUCGUCAGCCUCUUUUCUGGUGAAGUCAUCCCAGGCAGAGAGCGAUUCGACAUAAGGUCCGACUUCAGCCUCGUUAUACAAGGUGUUGAUGACAUGGAUGGAGGUAGAUACCUGUGCGAGGUCGUGACUGCUUCAACGGAGGACAGAAUUGGAGAAGUUGACAUUAGGGUCAUUGGAAACUUUUUUCCAGCCAGCACAAGUGAGGCAUCAUCCACAUCGAGUUUUCAGCGUGGACGCAGAAAGACGCUACCGUGUGAGUGCGCGUCACAGGCACCAGACGUAGUUUAUUGGUCAACGGGAGAGGACGUCACUACAGAUACACACAUAAUUGGUGCACGUUUCUCUGAUGGUGCUACCCUGCAGAUCCAACAUGGCGCCAGUUGCAGCAUUGGUAGCGACGCUUCACUUACAGUCAACUCCCUGAAUGACGUACAAGAUACACAGAGAUUCUGGUGUCACGUGUUCCAGUCAGAUGGUACCGUCAGAAAUUGCGACACCAAUGUCCAGAUACUAGAUGAAGUGGAAUCAGCUAGUGAUGCACUGAAGGCAUCAGAAAGAUCUUUCUACCUGCGAAAUGACACGCAGCAGAUACUCCCUUGCCUGAGCUGGACACCUGGCACCACAGCUUGUGAGGUGGAGUGGCGUAAGCUCGACAACCCAGAUCGACAAGUCCUUAGUUACAACCUGUCGACUGGUGUCGUAGAUUCUAGUCCUGAAUUCGACCUCGCCAGUGACUUUGGUUUGAUGAUUCAGUCGGUUGAUGAUGACCAUGCUGGAGUGUAUCGAUGUGCUGUGGGAGAUGAAAAUCUGAUGGAUGUAGAGAUCCGAGUGAUAGGGGAUCGCUUUCCAUUAGACGACGGCAUCGCUGUGGAAGGUGACAACGUGACCUUUAAACCUAUUAGUAGAUUUUCUCUUCAAUGUCCGGCUUUCUCAGACAUCCCCUUGACAGCCAAAGCAACUUUGUUCUGGUCCUUUGGCGACCCUGAUCCAGAGCCAUAUACCACUGUGAUUGGCACGCUGAAUCUACCAGAUGGUCCCAAAAAGAUAUAUUAUCAGGUAGAGGACUGCCUCGGCAUAACAAUGGAGGGCGCUCUGCUCCUUAAUAACUGUUUCCAAGAUGGUGACGUCAGAUACUGGUGUCAUGUCUUCCCAGCAACUGACGAUCUGAUCAGGUCAUAUGUUGAUGUGUUUACAGAGAAUUCAAACGGUAACCCUGAACAGUUUAAUGUCACCGCCAUCGCUGUGUGCGUGCCUUUAUUCGUCAUCGUUCUUCUUGGGAUUGUUGUUUUCCUGAUGUGGAAGCGGCGUCGACGAUCUUUGCAUCACAGAGAAGACAAUGAGAAAGGUGACCACAUAACGGUGCAUGAACUCGACCCCGUCAUGGAGCUGGGUUUAAUGACACUUGCCAAGAAGGUUAAAUCCUUUGUGAUCAGCAAACUUAGCAGAAUUCCUAUUACCCCAUGGAUUGACCUGGAUGAUGCAAGCUUCGCACCCAUAGACACAGUCUACAAACCCCUAGAGAUGUUCGCUAAUGUCUCAUAUGUAGGAAUCACGGUAAAGUAUCAAUUAGACUCAGAAUCUGAUAUCUUUGAUGAUGGUAUUCCAGAAUUGGCCAGUAAGCAUGCUAUAAUACAAGGUAGACGGGGUUGUGGUAAGACUACUUUUUUGUACAGACUGAUAUACGACUGGGCCAUGGGAAGGCAACGUGCACUGUGGGGUAGUGAUCAGAUAGUUGUUCUUGUCCCAGCUUGGUUGCUUAUUAAAGCUAAAACCAUCGGUGAAGCAGUCGUAGAAUGCAUGCUUCCAAAAGAUGCAAACAUUUCGGCCAAAUCCAUUAAUGCACACUACGCACGAGACAAAAGCAACCUGACAAUUUUGGUAGAUGACUGUAAUGACAAGGACGACAUUGACACAAUCAUGAAAAUAGUGGCCGACAAUGAAUUCCCUUGCUGUCAAUUAGUUUUGACGACUAGAAACUCAGAGCUGGCAACAGCUACCUCACGAAAAUAUGACAUGCGCCACAUCACUAUUACCGGCUUUGCGCUCAGAAAUGCUAUCGAAUACGUCACCGUGGUUUUGGAUACUGCUGUCAAGAGUGACGCUGAACCAGAAACAGGUUUGACGGCAGACAUACACAAAAAAAGAAAGAAACGUAACCUUCAUCGAUAUCUGAAAAAGGAGAGUCUAGAACCGAAGGUAUCAUGUCUCCCAGCUGUUUUGGUAGCUCUCUGUCAGAUCUCAAUAUUGACAAAAGGAGAAGCCUUCAAACCCGACGAUACCAUGGCAAAGAUGUUCCUCACAUUGGUCGAAAAUAUGGUAAACAAGAACAAAACUCUAGAUGAAGGUGUCUCUGAGGGAAACCAACCCAGUCUUCCCACGAAAGACCAAGUGAACUUUUUGGAAGAGCUUGGUAGAGUGGUUUAUUCAAAACUGCUUAUCAAAUGCCCGAACGAUGCAGACUUUUCGAAAGAGGACUUCUUGAAUAUGUCAGAAAAUGGAGAGCAUGUCUUGGAUGUUGCAAUGGCCCUUGGAUUUCUUCGUCCGUUUCAGGUUGAGUCCAAGGUUGAGUCCAAGAAAAAAAGCAUUGAGAGAGUUCGUUCUGAGGUAUCAGAAGUAAGGAGUACGAGAGGGUUUCUUUGUUGCACAAGAAAGGGAAACAAGCAAACCGAACAAGAUCAUAUGAGCCAGGAUACAGAGCUCACUCCCCUGACAAGCCCUAAAGUAGAAAGAGUAUAUUUUGUCUUGGAGAUUCUUGAGGAGCUUUGCGUUGCUCAGUUUGUCGCUCGGUGGACCAAAAGAAAGGUUGGACAAUUGGUCGAUGACAUCCCAGAGAUUGACCACACGAAGAUUGCAAAUAUAUUCCAGUUUGCCAUCCAAGAUAAUCAGUUUGACAGAGAAGCUCUUGUUGAUUGUUGUGCAAAGAUCAUUAACAGGGGAUACAGUCAGGUUAGUCCCCUCCAUGUUGUGCUGCAAUUGCAGAAGUUCGUAGAGUUGUGUCUCCAGCUGAAUUUCGAGGGGCAGUGUGAGGGCGCCUUGAACAAGAAGCUGAAAUCGAUCUUUCCUGACUGGAGGGUCCGCUUAAUUGGGAUAUCGAGUUACAAACUGCAUCUGAUGUCAUACCUACUCAAAUAUGCUCAGCCUGAAGAUAAGAGCAAGCUGAAUGUGAAGUCGGUUGAAUUAUUACGAAUUGGUCGAUAUGACUGGCUAGAACUUCAAGAAUACAUUGAAUACUUUGCUCCCGGUCAAAAAGGAUAUGAGAAGCAGAUAACAGUGGAAACAAACCCAGAAGACAACCACACAGAUACAAGUGGAAUCCACCAGGGAAGAGGCCCAGCACAAGAGCCUCAAUCAGGUGAGGAAAACAAAUGUGAUGAUUUAUCGCUUCCAACACAAUCACAAUCCGAAGCAAGUGCCCCCGGUGGUGAGGAUGCUAAUGAAGCUGAAUCUACCGAAUGGUCAGUUAAUGGGGAUGUUGAAUCGUGUCGUAUGAAUGACAUUAAGAAUGGGGAACAUGUACUCAAAAAGCUGCGUGAGAGGAUAACAUUCAGCAACCAAGACAUGCCACAGUUUCCUCCUGACGAGUCAGACAUCAGUGUCCUACACAAUGUGCGGUAUUUCGGUCUACAGGAGUUCUUAGAGUCACAGGUAGGGGAGUGCUACUCAUCGGGUGCAGCAAGAGACUUGGCUCGCUACCUUCCUCGUCUGGAAAUGCUGGAGAGUCUGGUUCUGGUUGGGACGAUUCUGAGUUCAAAAGCUAUUUGCGACUUGGCGAACAGUGCUGACCAACUCCCAAACUUCAAGAAGCUGGAUCUUCGUCUGAAUAAGCAGUUCGAUGACAGAGCCUUUGUGGCGGUAACAAAUUUACUGCUACGUGAGUGCAGAAAGUUGACGGAUCUCAGACUGUCUCUGUACAAAGUAACUGAUGAAGGGUUUGAUCGUGUUCAGAGGGAAAUGAAGAAGGACGGCGAAUACUCGUGGGGAAGAUUGAAGACACUGUAUCUGCUGCAUGGAGCACCUGCUGAGACGUUUGUAAAAUUCCUCAGCAACAGCUUGAAAUACUUCCAUUUUGUGAAAUCUUUUCAUCUUUCGGCCCGUGUUAAAGAACAAAGAAUACAGGACAACACUCAUGAGGAGUUCGAACAAAAUAUAAAAAACCCGAAAAUCAUGCCAAAUCUGGAAGACCUCGACAUCAGCAACAUGGAAAGACUGAAGGCAAGAAUGGCGUCCUUGAAACUCCCUAAGCAGAAGAAAAAGGGACCAGGAUUCUCGAAAAUAAUUGGAACAACCGUCGCUGGCCUGUGA